UAAAAUCAAACGUUUCAAACAUUUCCAUUCAGAUUGUGAGCAACAAGCGCACGGAAGUUGAUGUAGACAAGUGGGACUACUACUUGCGGGACUCUCACAGCCUGGGACUCAAGGUAACGUUCGAAUACGAGCGUCUGCUGGACUCGUGCAGAGCGAUGGAGGUCACCAGAGAUGAGAAGACCAUUGAGAUCUGCUACCGGGACAAGGACGCCGACACCCUCUACGAGAUGUUCCACACUCGCGCGCUCCUCCACAAGAAGGCCUACCAACACCACACUGUCAAGGUCAUAGAACAAAUGUUGAUUGAUGCCUUUAUGAAAGCCGAUGGUAUAUUAUCGACUUACCAAGAUAAAAACGGGUUAGUACUGAGGUUCAGUUCACUUGAGACACAAAAAAUCAGGUGCUUGUGUAACCUGUGGUUAUUGAGCCAUUCAGAUUUACAUAAAUUUUCUUAUGAAUUCAGAGACACUAAAAUUUCUCAAUUUUACUUAUGCUGUGCAUUGGAUAUCAUGUCUUGGAAUCUCCAGCUGCUGACUCCUGUGUUAGUGAGCACCGGCCACAGUGACGGCUCGUCCUAGCGGCCCGGGCCCAGGGGCUCAGCGGCCAGCGGGAAGAGAUCAGAUUAGCAGCUCUGAAGAGCCGAUGAUCUCAGUUCACUAUGAUAGCGUUGGAUUAUACAUUAUGAUGUGAGAAGGCUCGGGAAACAUAAUGGUCGGGUCUGGAUGAAGAGAGAGAAUGCGAUUAUCUUUAUCACAGAACCACAUCUGCCAAUUACUUUACAUCCAGAUCCCCAGUUAUUGCUAGGAGCACAGGGGCGAGCAGCUCACCAACGGUAUCCAGUUGCCAUAUUGUGUGUUUCUCUAAGACUUCUGAACAAUAUUUUUUCACUUUUUUAAAGUUAUUUCAUUUUUGUAUAUUCAGAAUGCUGAAUGCCAAGACAAGUGAAUGCUGCUGCAUGCAGCUCAUUUCUAUCGAGGGGCCAAAUUAAAGUUUAUUAACAGAAAAUGAGAGAGAGGAGGCGGGGAGAUGGCAGUGGACCUGAAAAUUAAAGAGAUAAAAAAUGUACAAAGUUUUAUGGUUGAGAAAUAGGGGUUUAAGAGAAAUAUUACAAACUUUUGAGUUGUGUUGACUUCCCAGCCAUCCCUCUCUUCAACCAUGUGAGUUUUUCUAUUUUAAUUCAAUCUGGAUAUUUUUGAGGAUUUUUAACGUCCGUAUUUUCAACUCUAGCACUGUCUUAGUACUUGUGUUUCUUUCAGCAAGAAAAUCCAUGAUGAAAUUUGUCUCUGGUUGUUUUUCCAACAUUGUGGCAUGUUGAGCUUGAAACGUUUGCCUUUUGAGUCAGUUAAGUUGAACAUUUUGAAGUGUUUGGACAUUUUAAAGGCCCUGAUGGAGAUCAAAUUGUCGUGUCUUGUUUGUAUAAUUGUUUCUGAGGCCCUUAAUCCUGAGUGGCACUAGAGUUGACUUAGUAUUGGGAUGAUUCUCGUGUUAUUUAUGAGUUAUUCACCUCAGCUGAACUAGCUGAGGUGCAAUUAUGCAUUUUUGCUUCUGAGGUCUCGUAAUGCACGAAUACAUGUAGUGUAUAAAGCUAGAUGCCCUAUUUUACUUCUUCGAAUUCACUGGUUUGUUUGGUUAUUCCUAAAGUUGUCUUUUUCUCUUGCCAUAGAUCCUACUGUUGAUCAGUUUUUAGUAACUGGGAGACUACUUCCAGGUUUAUUUAUUUCCAAUCUUGGGUCAAUAUGGUAACUGAUGUGUACUGUUAUGUCCUAAAUACAAAGUUUUGCAUGUUUUCAGACUGAAGAACAUUUGUCAUUCCUCUGACAAAAGCCAUUUGUCAGAACCUCUUUUGUUGUUCCUAUAGAUACCAUUAUAUGUCUGCAACACUUGUUUUGCUGCCCGCUUUUCUAUAGCUCUUUAUAUCAUUUGUGAAAGCAAUAAAAAUGGAUGACUCAAAAAUCUAUCCUUGCAGAACUCAACUCAUAGUUUUUUUGUUAGAUUUCAUUCCAUUUAGAGCAACCCUUUAGUUUGUUUUAAUCAUUGUAUUAUCUAUUCCAGUUUUUCAUCAUUAAUUCAGUGUGCUUGAAGUUUCCAGGCCAACCUUUGGUCUCAUUACCUAAAAAAAUCUAAGAAAAAUCCAUAGGCACCACAUCGGCUCGAAAUCCUUUGUAGGCUGUUGUUUCCAGAAAUAUGAACAUGGUUGUUAAACUGGAUUAGUUUUAUGAAAAAGCUGUUGAGAUUUUUCAACGAACGUGCGCUGUGAGAUGGUGAGCUCUCAAACCCUUCAGAAUUCUCUCCGUAGCUCGAAUAUGUGAGAUUUUAGACUUGCUAAUCUGUAAUUUUCUUAGGCUUACACACAGCAACAAAAUAAACUUCAAUAUGCAAUACAACACAAAAAAUUAAAUAACAUUAAAAAACUGUAGUCAUGCUUAUUAAAAUACGUAACAAUGAGCCUCAAGUUUCACUCAUUACACAGUAUCUUAUUUAUGCCUCACUAAUGGUAUGUUUCUCGGACGCUGGAACACAACUCCAAGACUACACGAUAAUUAAAAAUAUCUUGGGUGUCCUCAAGGUAGAAAUUAACCAAAGCUGUAAUGCCUUUCGAAUAAAUGGUCCAAAAUUACGGUACAGUAAAUGUAACAAAAUGUUGCUGCGCUUUCAUUAAAAUGAAAAUGAAAGACAGAAUUUAUGGAUAUAUAUAUUCUGUAACAAAAUAUAAUUAUUUGUAUACCACUCUAUAGAGCACGAUAUAUUAUCUUCAAUAGUGAAUUAUUGAUCUAUCGUAAACUUAAUGAAUUAUUAACAUUAAACUGAAAGAUCUUUAAAAAGGUAAAAAACAAUCAAAAUAUUGCAGUUCUGGUCAGUGAAGUGACCCUGGAUUCCCUAUAAUAAAGCCAUAAUAGGAUGACAGGACUGAUUCCUGGUAUUCACGUCCUCCCAUAAGAAGAGGCAUUCAGGUCCUACCAUACUGUUAAGGGGCUCGGAUUGCACUCUCUGGGGAGAAACGCAACGAGGGGAAACAUGAUCAAGAGCUUCAAGUGGAUAAGGGGUAUCAACAGGAAAAAUAUGAGCAAAAUCUUUAAACUAUCAGGCUCGGCCAAACCGUGUAACAGUCCAUACC